AUGGCAAGGAAAAGAAAGGCCGGUGAUUGUAUGGAUAAUGAGAAGAACUCAUCCUCCUCGUCAUCGUCUGGUGAUGAGGGAAACGUUGCAUGGGAUGAAAUGGUGAAGGAAGCUGCAGCUGCUGCUGCAUUCGGCGGAGCACGGCGGGCCCGGAAAAGAUUCGUUGGUGUUCGACAAAGGCCAUCAGGGAGAUGGGUUGCGGAGAUAAAAGACACCAUACAAAAGAUAAGGGUGUGGUUGGGCACUUUUGACACUGCUGAGGAGGCAGCCAGGGCCUAUGAUGAGGCUGCUUGUUUGCUUCGAGGGGCCAAUACUCGCACAAAUUUCUGGCCUUGUUCUUCAUCAUCUUCUGCAACCCCAGCUCUGCCUUCUAAGAUCACUAAUCUUCUUCUGAGUAGGCUCAAGGCCAGAAAUAAUUCUCUCGCUGCUGCUGCUGCUGCUUCUGGUGCUUCAUCAGUUCCAGCAUCGGAUCAUGAGCAGCAAAGGGAGUCGCAUGAAUUUCCUGAUGAUCAAUCAUCUGAUUUUCCUGAUGCUCAAUUCACUGAUUUCCUCAAUGAUCCUGAAGAUUAUACCCCUGAAAAAGAUGGUACCACCACCAGCACCACGGCUAGUAAUUUAAGUACUAAUAAUAGUAGCGAUUCUCAUUUGAGCUCGAGCUCUGAAUAUUGCUUGACCCAACAUGAUCAUCAUUGUGAGGUGAUUAGAGAACCAAGUUUAGACCUAGAGUGCUGGGAUGACACGGUUCAAUCUUCCAACGGUCAUGAGUGCCUGAGCUGGGGUGGUAGCACUGCUGAAGAUGAAACAGAGGAACAUGCUGAAGAAGGAAACAACGUCAAUCCCGGGAUCGUGGAUUUCAAUUUUGUGGACGAGAUAGAAUCUUGUUAUAACUGUUCUCCCUUUGAAAUUGCUGGACAAAUAUCACAGCCUGUGGAGAUGGAGGAUUAUGGAGACGAUCCAUCCAUGCUGAGCGAGGCGAUGAAGAGGAUGAACUAUGAGAGGAAGUUUUCUGCUUCUCUUUAUGCCUUCAAUGGGAUAACUGAAUGCUUAAAGUUGAGGCUGAGAUCAGUGAGUGUACUUCAACAGGAAAGAUCAGAGCAAUUGACUAGACUCCGUAAUGCAUGUAACAAGAAUAUUCCAGAUCAGGAACAGCAAGAGACACUUCAAGGGGACAAUGUUGAACUCAUCAAGAAGCAAGAAGAGGAAGCAACUCCAGCUGAUGCUGGAGCAUCUUCUUCAAACUUUGAUGGUGACUUAUCGCUCUGGAGCUCUAUUGAUCUCCCACCUAUCUGCUAUGUCACUUAGUUGGGUAACUAGUGACCUUUGGCUUUUGAAGUUCGAGCUACCUCAAUUAGGAUUCAAAAAUUGGUAAAACAGAUUCUGACUGAUACAUCCAUCACGAGCUAAUUCUGAGUUGGUAUAGGAAACUAGAACUAUCAUGUAACUUCCCUU